ACACCAUCUCCCUGAUUAGCUAAGAAAAUGGGACAUGAUAAAUCCAUGAACAACUUCUUCACAUUUAGUUACACUUUUCUGAUACUAAAUAUAAUAUUAAUAUUUCGACCCUCGUACUGCAUCGACGCCGGAUCGUGCGAUUUCUCCAAAGGAAGUUGGAUAUACGAUGAUUCAGAAAACCCCGCUUAUGAUGCUUCCAUGUGUUCAUUUAUCGAUAAACAAUUCGAUUGUCUCGGAAAUGGAAGGCCCGAUAAGCUCUACCUCAACUAUAAAUGGAAGCCUACUGGAUGUGAACUUCCCAAAUUUAGUGCGCAAGAUUUCGUGACGAGGUUUCGGGGGAAGAAAAUAAUGUUCGUGGGGGAUUCGCUUAGCUUGAAUCAGUGGCAAUCUCUAACAUGCAUUUUGCAUGCGUCACUCCCUAACGCUAAUUUCACCUUGAAAAAGAUCGGCAAUCUCUCCACGUUUUAUAUACCGGACUAUAACAUCUCAUUGAUGCUAUCUAGAAAUGCGUUUCUUGUCGAUCUCGUUAUUGAUAAAAAGAGAGGCAGAGUUCUGAAGCUCGACUCGAUCCGAAACGGAAACUCGUGGAAAGGUUACGACAUGCUUAUAUUCAAUACAUGGCACUGGUGGCUUCACAAGGGAAAUCAAAUCUCAUGGGAUUAUAUACAACAAGGUGGAAAAUAUUAUAAAGACAUGGAUCGGUUGAUAGCAUUCGGUUGGGGAUUAAAAACAUGGUCAAAGUGGGUUGAUUCCAACAUUAAUCCCUCCAAAACUUUGGUUUUCUUUCAAGGCAUCUCUCCUACUCAUUACAAUGGUUCGGAGUGGAAUAAUGCUGCGUCAAAGGGAGCAACAUGCAAUGGAGAAAGUCAACCGGUGAGUGGGGAGGUGUAUCCAGGGGGGGCGCCGCCGGCAGUGGCGGUGGUGAAGGGGGUGCUGAGUAAUAUGAGUAGGGUGGCGGUGGGUUUGUUGGACGUGACGUCACUGUCGGAAUUAAGGAAAGAUGGACAUCCUUCGGUUUAUGGAAUUGGUGGGCUGAAGGGGAAUGACUGCAGCCAUUGGUGCCUUGCUGGCGUCCCCGACACGUGGAAUUACUUGCUCUAUGCUAUUCUCGUUACUAAUCCAAAAUCCAAUAUUUAAUUUAUUCUCUUUAUUAAAUAAUUUCAUUUCUUCUCUUUGGUAAUUUUUUUUUUAUUUUUAAAUUCAAUAUUUGUUUAUAUCGUGAUACAUUAUGAAACUUACAUGUAAAUUAAAUCCCAGGUAAUCUGACGAUACCAUGAUUAUGACUCAACAAAUAAUUAGUUGAUGUCGGAACUAUAUAUGUAACUUACAAAUUAAAAUU